AUGAUGGAGACACAUGCGCAGUAUGUAGACUACUUGCCCACGAAGGAAAAACAAGAGACGUCCCAGGAAUUGGAAGACACGGCUCAGCAGCAACAGAUACUGUAUCAAAAGGCGAUGAAUCAAGAACAGCCGUCGGUAUUACAGCAACGAUCUACCGUCUCUAAGGGUAAGUAUACGUUGAAUGAUUUCCAGAUAAUGAGAACUCUGGGGACAGGGUCCUUUGGUAGAGUGCAUUUAGUUAGAUCUGUUCACAACGGUAGAUACUAUGCUAUUAAAGUAUUGAAAAAGCAACAGAUCGUGAAAAUGAAACAAAUUGAGCAUACAAACGAUGAAAGGAGAAUGCUAAAAUUGGUAGAACAUCCUUUUCUAAUUAGAAUGUGGGGCACAUUUCAGGAUUCCAAUAAUCUUUUUAUGGUCAUGGAUUACAUCGAAGGAGGUGAACUUUUUUCACUGCUAAGAAAAUCGCAAAGAUUUCCAAAUCCCGUGGCUAAAUUUUAUGCUGCCGAAGUUGUAUUGGCGUUAGAGUAUCUGCACUUCAACAAUAUCAUCUAUAGGGAUUUAAAACCUGAAAAUAUCCUACUGGAUAGAAAUGGUCACAUUAAGAUAACUGAUUUUGGUUUUGCUAAAGAAGUUACGACAGUGACAUGGACUCUUUGUGGUACUCCCGAUUACAUUGCACCGGAAGUCAUUGCUACAAAGCCUUACAAUAAAUCAGUUGAUUGGUGGUCUUUAGGUAUAUUAAUUUAUGAAAUGUUGGCAGGCUAUACACCAUUUUAUGAUACGACCCCAAUGAAAACUUAUGAAAAAAUUUUGCAUGGUAGAGUCACAUACCCAUCUUUUUUCAAUUCAGAUGUAGUCGAUUUACUUUCUAAAUUGAUUACUGCCGAUUUAACGAGAAGAAUCGGUAAUUUACAAAACGGAACUCAGGAAAUCAAAUCGCAUCCAUGGUUUAGUGAGGUCGUUUGGGAAAAAUUAUUAAGUAAAGAUAUUGAAACACCAUAUGAACCCCCUAUCGUCUCUGGUGUUGGUGAUACAUCAUUAUUUGAUCAGUACCCUGAAGAAAGAUUGAAUUACGGUAUUCACGGUGAAGAUCCAUAUGAAGCUUUAUUUACAGAUUUCUAA